AUGCUACCCAACCUGUUUGCUCCCAGGGUGGCUCAUGGCCCAGCAGUGAUCAGUGUCUCUAUUUGCUGUCUUAGAAUUCUCCACAUUUAUGCAGCUAAGGGGAUGAGGGCUCACACUCUGGCAGCUGCAGAGCGCAUGAAACUGCUGCGGAGACUCGAUGCCAAGGAACACAGAGGAAAGACUCCUCUGCUGGUGGCUGUCACUGCCAGGCAACCAGCCAUUGUCCAUGAUCUGAUCCAGGCAGGAGCAGAUGUCAAUGCUGUGGACAACAAAGGGCAAUCAGCUUUACACCUUGCUGCAACAUAUGGCUAUGCCCAAGUCCUUCAGGUUGUCCUGUCUCUAGGUUUCCCCCUUGAUCUGGAGAUGAAGGAUUUUGAAGGCCAUACCCCUCUGCACUGUGCUGUGCUGGCACACAAUGCCCUGCUGAAGGAGCAGAGCUGCCAGGCACUCACUGAGGAGCAGCACAAGGAUCUUCAGCAGCAGAGUGAGCAGUUGGAGUCCUGCAUCCACCUCCUGGUGCACACUGGAGCCUCCAUCUACAGCCGGGAUGUGAAAAGCAACAAGACAGUUCUUCAUUACACAGUCCAGGAUGGGAACAUCUCCCUGCUCAGAUACUUCUUAGAGCUGAAUGCUUUCAAGUCCAAGGACUUUGUCAACAACAAGGCUCAUGGCAACACUGCCCUGCACAUGGCAGCUGCACUGCCUCGUGAUAAGAACCAGAAGGAAAUUGUCCAGUUGCUCCUUGACUAUGGGGCAGACCCAAGCAUCAGGAACUUGGACAAUGACCAGCCAAUCCACAUGGCUCCUUCUGGGAAAGCUGGGGACCAGGUUAGGCAUUUGCUGAAGAAAGGCAAAGUCACAUCUGCAUUCAUCUCCUGUGGCAGAAAUGCCAGAUCCUAG